AAUGGAUCCAAGCGCGUAUCAGGGUCAGGUUAAUAGUCGGUUUGCAAUGCUUGAAGAAAUUCAGAAACAAGUGCAAUACGACUUAGAACAAAUACCUGUGCAUGACUAUGAUGAUGACGAGGACUACUCUGACGAGGAAGAGGAAAGCGAGGGGCUUCCUCAUCCAGAAGAGCACCCUAAGCGCAAAAAUAAACAACAAAUAAUUCACAAUUCUGGGAAAACUCCUCGGCCCGAUCAAAUUUCAUCCCAAGAAGAGAGAAAGGUUACUUUAGAAGGAGAUGAUGAUUACUCUGAUGACUUCUCAGGAAAUGAAGAUCAGGAGGAGUCUAAAACAUCUCAAAACAUUGAUGACAAACAGAAGCCAGGCAGCAAGCCACAGAAGAAAGAGAAGGCCAAGCCUAAGCCUAAGAAGCCAUCGAAGAAACCAGGGAAGGCCACUAUUAGUUCAAAGGCUAAAAGGAAGAACCCACUAGCUCUCUCGAAACAUCAGAGAAUCAUGGCUGACAUGCUCACUGAGAUCCAUAAUUCAGUAGUCAAGCUCAGGAAGAAAGAAGCAAGGAAGAGGAAAAAGGUCAACAACGAGAUCGCAUGUGAGAAUCCCAAGCUAUUAGAGCUCGUCUUCGGCAACUUUCUUGAAGAAGUCGCUGUUAAUUUUGAUACUAUUUUCGAACUCCUUGUUGAUGACUUGAUGAUCGAUGAGAUCAAUAAUUUGAAUCAUAUUGAAAAUAUGAAAAAUAAAGACCUUAUUAGAAAUGUUGAGGUUGAGUCGAAGCAGAAGGAAGAAGUCAGGUCUAAAUCUAAGCAAAAGAAGACAUUUAACAAACGUCCUGACAGGCAUGCUGCCUUCCACGAGAAGGCUCGGAAGGCAUCUAAGAAGCGGGUUAAAUAAUUUCAAUUAUAGUUUAAGUA